AACUCAUUACUAUAACUGUAAUUUUGUAAAAACAUUGAAAUUUUUUUCCGAUUUGAAAGAAAAAUAAUAAAAAAAUUCAAUAUGAAAUUGAAAAAAAUUUUUUGUCUUUUUAUAAUAAUUGCUUUGGUAAAUUAUCCAGUUUCAUCAUUUUUUUUUGCUGUAAUAGCUGGUCUUAAAGAUUUUUGGGAAGUUGUUACUGGUGUUAUUGACAAGGCAACAGAAGCCGCAAAUAAAGCCGCUGGUAUUCAUCCAAGAUUUGAAACAGAUUUAUUUGGUGAUAAAACUGAAGCAGUACUUGAUUAUUUGGUUGAUAAAGUUGAUGAAAUAUCACAAGACAUUAAAGAUAUGGAAAAACAUAUGGAGGAAGGAUUUUCAAAACUUGAAGAACUUAUAACAGAUGUUGAAGAUAAAGUACAUGCAAAUACACUUAUGGAUCGUGUUAUACAAUCAGCUGAUAGAAUAAAAGAUAACUUUGACACAAUCCAAAAUUAUCAAAAAAGAAGAAAACCAACAAAAAAAAGACUUGAAGCAUUUAUUGAAACAUUUAUACGUGGCAAAGGACCAAAAAGUGUUGAAAGUGAUUUAAAAACUAUAUUUCAAUCUGUUACUCGUGGUUCAUUUUCUAAGAAUGAAAAAAAUCUUUUAACACUUAUGAUACAAUCUGAAAAUAAACGUUUUUACACAAAAUGCGGUGAAAAAAAAUCAGCUCAAUCAACAUUAUACCAAUUUUUUUUUUCAAUAGCAAACAUUGAAAUGGUUGGAUUGUCAACACUGGCAUAUGGUUUUGUUUUGAAUGAAGCAGAAAAAUCUGCUGACAAUAUAACUGAGCUAGCUUCUGAUGAGUAUCCAAUUUUGAUUGAUCAAUUGACUGAUCGAUUGAAUACCUAUUCAGAACAAUUUAUCCAAGCAAUGAGAUCUGUAUCACGUCAAUUUCGUACAUGUGAUCCACCUAUGCAUCAACACUCAAGAAAUGAAACAUUCACAGAAAUGUCAGGACUUAUGCAAGAAGUAUUGUAUUCAGAAUAUAAAAUACAAGGACAUGAUACCUGUAGCUCAAGUUGUGAACAAGUUAGGAGAAUUGAUACAUCAGGAAAUCAAGAUUGUUGGGUAUCACCACCAGGCUCAUAUGGUGCUGAUAAAACAAGAAUAUUACCUGGUGGUAUACCAGAAUCAGAUUAUUAUUGUACAACACCAAGAACAUGUAUGGGAGAAAUAAGUCAUUGUUUUACAGUAUGGAGUGUGCGAUAUUGUUUUUCGGAUCAACCAUAUAAACGUUAUGAUUGGGUAACUUCUAGAGAUCAUAAAGACAAAUAUGGUGUUGUUGAUAAUUGUGAAGGUAGAUUGCUAAAUGAUUGGGAAUGGCAGAGAUAUUGGGCUUAUGAUUGUGGUUAUUGUAUGUGUCUUUGUUAUGAUGAUGCACCUGAAUCAAAAUCAGUUCAUACUGUUAGCCUUAAACCAGCUCGUAGUGAUACUAAAAAUAACAAAGUUGUUGUUGGUGUAAGAUUUCAAGUUCAUGAUGAUGUACUUCAUAUACAAAUUAAACAAGAUACAAUUGAUACUUUUUAUAAUAUUAAAAAUGAAUCACAUGGUGAAACAUGGAUUGAUUUACCAUCAAUGAAAAAAAAUGUAUAUGAAGCUCGUAUGGGCAUUAAUGAUAAACUUGUUGAUGAGGAAGACUUUGCUACUGUUACUCGUAGAACUGGAUUUAAUUUUGAUGAAAUUGAAUUUCCAUAUGGACGUGUGUUGACUGGUGUUAAAUUUGGAUUAGUUAAGUUGGAUAAGGGAGAAGACACAAGACGUAUUCAAAUUCAAGCUGAAUCAAUGGAAUAUAAUCGUACAUCUGGUGAAUUAAUACAGGGAACUGAAGAAUGGACAAAACCACCUUCUGAUAAUCAUGAUGAAGAGUAUCAAUUUUUGGUUGAAAAACGACCAGACAAUACAAAAGAAAAGUUUACUAUGGAUUCAAAAACAAAUCAAUAUUCGAAAUUUUCAAAAAGCAAUGUUGUUGAUGAUAUGGGUCAAUAUACAGUACCAUUUUUUGAUAUACAAACUGUUGAAAGUUAUCCACGUACACCAUUUGCUGGUGUUGGAUUUCAUCAUCGUGGUACAUCAGAUUCACCUGGUUUUUAUGGUUUAACUGGUUAUUCAAUUAGCUAUGCUGAUUUUUUGGAAGAAAAUUAUUCAAUACAACAAGCUAAUCAAAUUAAAGAUCAAUAUAAAAAAAAAUAAAACAAUUACUGAAUGUUCUUUUCCAUUUUGUCAAUAUAAUCAGAAAUUUAAAUGUAUUCGAUUAUUUAGCGUUAAUAUCAUAUAAUGAAAAAUGUUGUGUACCACUUGCUGUUGGAUUUUAAUUAAUUAAAGAAAUAUGCUAAAUGUUUAAUUAAUUGUUUUUAUGAUUUUGUUAAUAUAAUAAGAGACCACUCAGAAUACCCAACUUUCCAGGCCUCUUGCACAUAAUGCAAAAGGUGAACGAUCAUCGAUGACUGAAUAAUUGACCAAUUAAAUGUCAAUUAAACAAGUCGUCCUCACGCUCAGGAAAGAGGAUUAUUCCUCUUCAUCAUGGCUGCAUCAACUCAACUGUUAAGUAGAGAGAAUGUGAAGAUAUACUACAGAAAUGAUCCUGUGAAGUAUGAUCUUAAAUUUUUUUCUUUUUUUCGGGUAGUAUAUGACUAUCGUAAUUUAUCAUUUAACAUGAGA